CGCUGCUCCGCUUGAAAGCGGCUCUUCACGACCAGCUAAACCGGCUCAAGCUCUGGCUCACAAAGGCAGCCCACUCGCGGAUGUUCCACUGUGCAAAAGGAGACAGCAAGGCCUUGCCAGAAGAGACCCUGCGACAGUACUGGGUUUGCCAAAAGGUUGAAGAGCUGGCCCUCCAGUCGAUGAUUAGUUCUAGAAGAGAAGGCGAGAUGCUGCCCUCUCAGCCUGCACCUGAACCAUCACAUGAUAUGCUGAUGCAUGUAGACAAUGAAGCAUCAAUCAACCAAACUGCACUGGAGCUGAGCACAAGGAGCCAUGUGCCAGAAGAAGAGGAGGAGGAGGAAGAGGAGGAGGAAGAUUCCUGAAGGGGAGAAGAGCCCGGGUGAAAUGCACAUCUGAACAAAGACAGGCAUGGGAAGGCCGCCCGGAAGCAACACGGCAUGCCCCUGGGCAGGGACUGCUGCUUCCCAACCACUUAGACACCAGCUGCAUGGGUGGGUGUGCUGGGCUGGUUAAGGCCGAUGGUGGAGCAGAGCCAACCUGCAAAAUCCACUUCCUCAGCAUCAGAUCUCUUGAUAAAAGCAUGAACCUGUGUGUGAGGAAAUAGACAGAAAGUGUGCUUAAAAGCCAAGAAAGAAAACUCAAGAGUCCUGGGUCUGGAGGCUGUGCUGCUCUUGGAAGGAGCUCCGGGAGCCUACCCUUGUCCAAGUGCCUGCCUAGAGCCCUGGCUCCGCUGGUCUUACCCCUUCCCUGAGCCUGCUCUCCAUGAAAUGGAGACAGCAGCUCUGCCUUGCAGCUGUUGAAGGAACAAGAGAAUUGAUGGACUCGAAAGCGCACGUUACACUGACCAGGCACUACACAGCAUGUAAGUGCCGACACUUAGAGGAUUCCCACUCCUCUGCUACCACACAGGAGACAGUUACUUGGUGAGGAUGCUGAAUACAAAAGAAGCCAGUCUAUACUGCAGAAAGGCCUUGUCCUCCUGAGGGGCGAGCUGGCCCUUUCUUUCCCUGGAUCCCCUCUGGCUGCAGGGUUAUCCCUGCUCUUCCAUUAAACUGAUGGGAAGACCGAGGAGCCGUGUUUGGGGUCCUGCAGGCCCUGGAUCAGCUGGGCCACAGCAGUCAAGGCAAAGUAGGGUAUGGGCUCAGCAAGCCCUGGAUGGGUGACUGACAGGAGAACAGAUGAAAUGCAGCAAAUGACAGUGUAAGGAUCCGAAAUAAAUCACUUACCAUGAGUU